AUGAAUUUCGCGGGAUCUGGCAAUGUUCUUCACUUCGUUUUUUGGAGUGUGAUAUGGAUGUUAGGGACAUCUCCGACUGUAUUCGUUAAUUCCCAAAGACCAACACUGGGACUUCGAAUAUUGAUGCCGAAUUUGAUAAAAAUGCAAGAACCUGUUAGGAAAGCCAUCCGAAUGGUUCAAUAUAACUCCUUACGUCGACGACAAAUACGGUCACUCAAAUUAGACAUUCAGAAAUCGGAAAUUGGUGACAACCCAUCGGAGAUAUUUGAUUUGUUUUGCUCCAAUAUUUUGCCAAAGCAGGUGAACACUGUACUAUAUUUGACGUUAAAGGACGACUCGAAGUUCCUUCGUCUCACGGAUUAUAUGACCAAUAUCAUUCAUGAUUUAGGACUGCCCCUGCUGUCGUGGAACCCGUACCUAACCGGAUCGGUACAGAACCAGAGAAAGUCACGUACACUACAGUUAUCCCCCACUAUAUACCAUGAAGCCCAGGUCAUCUUAGAACUGUUAUACAGCUACAACUGGACUCAUUUCACCAUCGUGACGUCAUCACAGGUCAACAGUUUUGAUUUAAUAAGUGCCAUAACGUCACUAGUGAAACAGAAUAACGAUUACCAAGGAUAUCCAAGAAAACCGCGGCUAACGUGUGUGACGACGCUGGUGUAUACCGGAAGUUACGACAUCGAUUACGUGGAUGAAGAAACAAAGGAAUUCCUUAAGAAGAACAAUCAUAAAGAUUCGAGAAUCUACAUCCUACAUACAAGUCGGAUACACACCUACAGUGUCAUGGAUGCGGCUCAGGAUUUAGGUCUUGCAGGAUCGGAUUACUUGUGGAUACUAACGUCUUCUAGUACCGGCAGCCCCUUUCGUACCACCACACUUCCUAUCGGCACAUUCGGUAUAUCGUUCAAGGGUGAGUACGGAUCAGAUCGAGAAUCUGAUCUGGUGGCGAAUGUAACAAAGAAUGCUAUUGAGGCUUGGAUCGACGCUAUGCAGAAAAUGAAAAACGUGGGUUACAACAUGGACCAACAACAUCCGGAUGUUUCCUGUAACAACUCGCACGUCCCCACCACGUGGGAUGUAGGCGAGGAAUUGUACAAUCUUAUGUUAAACGGGGAUACGGCUGGUGCGGACACAGAGUACCCUAUAGAAUUCAAUGACAUCAGCAUCAACAAAUAUGUUCACCUACAAAUCCUUAACGUACAGGAAGCUAUGUUCAGAGGGCGUCUUAGAGGCCGACUGACCGAGGUCGGCAGCUGGGCACCAGUUGUGACUACAGUCCGAUAUUCAAAAAAGAUUGAAAUGAAACUGGAGAUGCGAGGAAUCACUUGGCCAGGAAAAAUGCGAUUUCCGCCAAAAGGACGACCAGACAGACGGUUCUUCAGAAUCGCGACACUAGAAGAGCAACCUUAUGUUAUGUACAAAGAACUUGAUAACUCCACUGGGGAAUGUGGUCCUCCGUCCAUUCCUUGCCGUCUAGUCUACAACGAAACCAUUCAUGGUAAAAACGACACCUCGCUGUUUAACGGAACUGUGGUCCGAUGUUGUGCCGGACUUAGUAUCGACCUACUAAAAAUCCUCAGCGAAAAGAUGGCAUUCGACUUUGAUCUGUUUGAGGUGGCGGACCGAAGCUUCGGCGUGGAAAAUGAAAUAACAGGGGAAUGGAAUGGCCUCAUCCGGGCCCUUCAGGACCGACAAGCAGACAUGGUGCUCACUGCCCUCCAGAUCACGCCAAAGCGAAACCAGCUAAUCGAAUUUUCAAUGCCCUAUCUCGAGACUGGUACAACUAUAGUCGUAUCCCUUCGGAAGGGCGCUAUAUCUCCUACAGCCGUUCUAGAACCUUAUGACUAUCCGUCAUGGUGCCUGAUUUUGGUGUUCAGCGUACACUCCAUAGGAGCGUCCAUCUUUAUCUUCGAGUGGCUAAGUCCGUGGGGAUUGGAUCAGGGCAACACACCUAUGAGAGAGCAUGCGUUCUCCCUGUUCCGGUCCUUCUGGUUGAUUUGGGCGAUGUUGUUUGGGGCUUCGGUCUCGGCUGAUAAUCCACGAGGGGGCGCUAGUCGUUUCCUGGCCAACGUGUGGGCAUUGUUCGCCCUGGUUUUCCUGGCAAGCUACACUGCUAACUUAGCCGCUUUUAUGAUUACCAAGGAAGUUUACUAUGAUCUGUCAGGCAUCAAAGAUUGGAGGUUAACAAAUCCACACAGUCACAAACCGCCUUUCAAGUUCGCCACCGUGCCUAAUGGAAGCACGGAAGAAAACCUGAGACAAAAUCACCCAGAAAUGUUCAGCUACAUGAAAAAGUACAAUCAGCCGUCGGUUCGGGAAGCCGUGAAAGCAUUGAAAAAAGGAGAGAUCCAAGCGUUUAUUUAUGAUGCCACGCCCCUAGAGUACCAGAUUGGUAUAGAUGUUGACUGUCAUCUCAUUUCCGUGGGCAAGUGGUACGCCAUGACGGGCUACGGUGUCGGCUUCCCCAAGGGGUCUGGCAUCCUAGUGGAGGAGGUCAAUUCAUACCUGUUAGAUCUUCAAGAAUAUGGAGAGCUAGAUCGGUUGCGGAAAUUCUGGUUGGCAGGGGCGUGUCACUCCAAACAGAAGAGAAAGCAGAACAGUCAUCAGCUUGGCAUUCUAAAUUUUACCAGUGCUUUCAUCCUCCUGGCCUCCGGAAUUGUGCUUGGGGGUAUUCUACUUAUAUUGGAACACCUCUACUUCCGAUUUGGCAGGAAGUGUCUGAAACAAUACGAUAAAUGUGGUUGUUGUGCAUUAGUAAGCUUAAGUAUGGGGAAGUCUUUAACGUUUGAGCAGUCCGUCAUGGAGGCCUUAGAUUACACAAAGAAACACAGAUGUAAAGACCCCGUUUGUGAGACUCAGAUCUGGAAAGUCAAACAUCAGCUUGACAUCGCUCUUCUGAAGAUCGACAAACUCAAUAAAGACAUGAAGGCAAGAAAUGGAAAGACAUCUUCUCCUUUAGCAAUAACCGAACGCGGGGAAAAUUCAGAUCCUUUGAGAGCUAAAGAUGAGGAAAGCAGUGACCCCAUCGGAAGGAAAAAACGGGACUCUGAGGAAGACCCUAUUAGAAAAAAACUGUUAGCGUUGGAAGACUCGGACCCGUCUCGCGAUGACGAUGUAGACCCUGAUGAUGUGCCUUAUGCCAAAGUAGAGCAACAUCAAAAUAACUUGCCACGUGACCAAGAUGUUGAAAAAGACAAUAUGCGCUCACCUGAUAGAAGCAUGCGGCGGUCCCCAAGUUAUAACCAAGCAGUAGCUACCGACACUGAGGCAGUUAGUGCUGCCCCGGACAUUAACCAAGGUCUGAAGCAACGCAAAUUGAGCGAUGGAAAAUAUUACUCAAGCGUAAACAACGAGGAGGUUUGA